GCGACUGGCAACCCUACUGACAACUUUGCACUAUUAUACAUACAGUUUUCCAAAUUUCGUGAGAUUGAAAGAAAAAAUUAGCGCUUAAAAUGGAAGGAACUGCAGAGUUUACUGAAAAACCAGUUACCCACGAUCAUCAGCCGCGUCUUAAUGAGGUGGCCCAGAAGUUCUUGGCGGAUCUGGACGAGGAGCGCCAGCGUCUGUCCGCCGAGUUCCCUCUUUGCGCAUUGCUAAUCGACGAAGCUGUGGAUCGCGUUUACUGCACUGGCCGCAUUCCGGGCAAAGAAUUCUAUGCCGAUGUCUACAAGCAGAAGCCCAUGAAGAUAACCCAGAAGGUCUUUGUGCCUGUCAAGCAGUACCCGAAGUUCAACUUCACUGGCAAGAUUCUGGGCCCCAAAGGCAACUCCCUGCGUCGCCUGCAGGAUGAGACUCAGUGCAAGAUCGCCAUCAAGGGUCGCACCUCGAUCCGUGAUCGGGCCAAGGAGGAGCAGUUGCGCAACUGUGGUGAUCCGCGAUAUGCCCACUUGCAGAAGGACCUCUUUCUGGAGGUCAGCACUGUGGCCACGCCGGCCGAGUGCUAUGCUCGCAUUGCUUAUGCCCUUGCCGAGAUUCGUAAGUAUCUAAUUCCAGACAAGAACGACGAAGUGUCACACGAGCAGCUGCGCGAGUUGAUGGAAAUGGAUCCCGAGUCGGCCAAGAACAUACAUGGACCCAAUUUAGAGGCUUACAGAUCCGUAUUUGAUAAAAAGUUCGGUGGCAGCAGCAACGGAGCCCCCAAGUUCAUCAAUUUGAUCAAGAGAGCUGCGGAAAAUCCGCCUGAAGUUGACGAGGCGGAGGAGGCGGCCUACGAAUACGAGCACCGUUUGCCCCCCAAGCGCGCACCCACGGGCUAUGAGUACAGCAAACCACGUCCAUCAAUAAUAUCAGCAAACGCAGCGGCAUAUAAACGACCAUAUCCUGACAUGAAACGUAUGCGCGAACCGCCCAUCAAGUCCUAUAAGCCCAAUCCGUAUUCCAUACUCAAAAAAUAUAAAUAAUAGUAGCGAGCUGCACCGAUCGCGGCUCCGGUUGAUUCCACCGCAUACCGCUAUAAACGAUAACAAAGGACGAUGUUUAUGAUUAUAAAAAAAGCCCUGCUGAGAACAAUAUUACACAUAAUAAAUCCAUAAAAGAAUCUUGGCCUAACAAGAAGAAACGUUAAUUUUGAAGUAAUUCUCACAAGAAGAAACGUUAAAUUUGAAGUAAUUCUAUGAAUGAAUAAUGUAAUAAUGCGUUCUCACGCUAUAAAAUCGAAAGAAUAUAACUUUAAUCCUUAAUUUAUAAUUUCCAUAAACCAAUCUGAACUGUUGGCGUCCACGCCAUCAGGUCAUAAGUCCAAUAUAUACUACAAUUACUGUCAUAAUAGUGAUUGAUGAUUGAGUUUUUAAUUAUUCACUAUUCUUGAUGAAAUAAAAGAAUUAAAUAAUCACUGUCCAAGCAGAGCCAAUUAUAAUCGGUUCAAUUGAAUAACCCCAUCCUGCCCAUACUUAUUUAUACUCAUGUCACCUAGCAGUAGAAGCAAGAUAUCUCUGUGAAAUAAAUAAAUACCGAAUGGAAUAAUCACAUUGUUCAAUUGAAACCGAAUAACUCCAGAUGAUUAAGAGUCCAUUUUGGAAAUCAAAAACAUUAAAAGGCGUUUUAAAACUAAGUUAAUAAAACAUUAUGAAUUUAUAAACAAGAAAUAAAGAAAAUACAAUAAACUAUUAAAGCUCAUGCUAUUCAAAUAUUAA